AUGAGCCUGGUUAAAGAGAACGGCGGCGGCGACUCGGAUCCGGAAGCUCGACAACCCAAUUCUUACGAAAGCGAAGAGGAAAUCGACGACGAGGAAGAGGAAAUCGACGACGAGGAAGGGGAAAUCGACGACAAGGAAGAGCAAGAGAACGACGAAAAUAACGAGUCUAAAAGGAGAGAGAUUUCCUUUGACAAAAAUCCCACGAUGGUGUCAAAAUAUCUCCGUGAAGAGGUGAUCGACUUUCUGCGAAAGAAAGAUGAUCAAAGUGUUUACGUGGUGCAAACCAAGAAAGGAAUCAAAUAUGAACUACAUGUCGAGAUGUUCCAAAGUUUGGUCACUUCAGUCAGUAGAGAACAAGCCUUCUUGGUUUCGGCGAUGAAAAAGAGCUGCGUUGAAUAUUUUGGUGGACGAAUCGUCGACGUUGGCAUGCAAGAUAUCCGUAAACAAUUUUUGCGCUACUACGUGCAGAAGAAGAACGAAACCUCGGUAGACCUGGAUACAAUGCUGCACAUGCUUGUGGACCGCGGUGGAACUCCGGACAUCGGAUUUGUUAAAUGGGUCCUAUCCGAAAUCGUUAAAGUGUUGACGUACGCUUAUCACUGUGGUUGCGUUGUCGAGAAUUUAGAAGUGACGAUGUUUGCCUAUGAUCCGGUUAGAAAAGUGUUGCGCUUAAAGGAUUUAUCAUCGAUUGCCACAAAAGGAUUCGUAUUUCCAGCUUCAGAACCAACAAACCGCGUGAGGACGAAAGAAGAGCAAUUUGAACAAGGCUUUGUACAAUUGUAUGUCAACUCUGUAAGAUUGGUGUGGCAAGAAAUGUUUCGGCUGGCUAAUGGCUACAAUGUCAGCUCGGAUAUUAUUGGGAGGACCUUCAAAGCCGUCGAUAAAAUGGUCAAGCAAAACCUCAAGCAAGUGGAUGACCUCCGCGUAAUGGAUCCUAAAGUUGCUGAAAUUAUGCACCCAUGGUUGUUUCAAAUACUCGUCGUUAUUCAGAAAGCCACAUCGAGCGUAGAGAAGCUCAUCAAUAACAUGAGUGGCGUCACGCAAAGAGCUUUAUUUGACAUCCUCAAGCCGAUUUUUACUGAAGUCGGUUUAGCCGAAUCAAUUGAUGCAGCGGAAAAGACGAAUUUGGACGAGGCAAUGGAAAGGGCAAGAGACGAGCAAAUGAGAACUGCACAAUUGGAAUCGAUCGACGAGCAUCGCAAAAAAUGUUUGAUGCAUGAGUAUGGUAACCGCUUGAAGAGACUGAGCGAAAACAAUCGACUCAGCGACGAGUACAUGGAGAAAGCAAAGGCCGAUAGAGGACCCUUCGAUGUGCCACUUGAGAAACUUUCGAUUGCCGAAGCAAAACAUCCCUACUUCACUUAUGCAUCUCAAGAAAAAAAGAAAAGCAAGAAAAAACACGUCGAUGAUACUAAAUCAGAAGAGAAAAUGGAGGAAAGCGACGAAGACGCUUACGAAGACGAAGACGUUUACGAAGUCGAAGACGACAAUAGUUUCGAGACUGAGUCUGACCUUGAUGAGCCAGCAACGAAAAUUAAAAGC